AAUCUGGACUACUUUCAAUCUGCUCGCUGUCGACGGCGGUCGCCUAUACCUCGUCGCUUCUUGUACAGCUCAGUGCGUCCUCAGCUCUGUUCCACACGAGUACCGGGUCUUUGCCGCGGUCGGAUUCUUGCGUUAGAAAAAGAGUGCAACGAAAACGAGCGAAAGAGAUGCUUUCCAAACUCAUCGUCCUGUCGUGCCUGGUGGCGGUGGCCAUCUGCGAGUCCAAGCUGAAGGUGGACGUGGUGAGCGUGCCCGAGGGCUGCACCGUCAAGUCGAAGAACGGCGACAUGCUGACGAUGCACUACACCGGCAAGCUGACCGACCGAACCAAAUUCGACUCCAGCUUCGACCGUGACCAGCCUUUCACGUUCCAGCUCGGAGCCGGCCAGGUUAUCAAAGGAUGGGACCAGGGACUGACAGACAUGUGCGUCGGUGAGAAGCGUAUGCUGACCAUCCCGCCAGAGCUCGGCUACGGUGACCGAGGUGCCGGAAACGUCAUCCCCGGCGGUGCCACCCUCGUGUUCGACGUCGAGCUGAUCAACAUCGGCGACUCGCCCCCAACCACCAACGUGUUCAAGGAGAUCGACGAGAACAAGGACAUGCAGCUGAGCCGCGAGGAGGUGAGCGAGUACCUGAAGAAGCAGAUGGUCGCCGCCGACGGGGGCCAGGAGUCGGAGGACAUCAAGAACAUGAUCGCCGAGCACGACAAGCUGGUGGAGGAGAUCUUCCAACACGAAGACAAGGACAAGAACGGCUACAUCUCGCACGACGAGUUCUCCGGACCGAAGCACGACGAGCUGUAAGACUGUGCCCCCCCGCCCUUCCAUGGGAUAGUGUCCCCUGGCCGUGGGACGUGGACGGGAGCAGUCGUUUCCGUCGGUUUUUUAGUAAUUUUAUUAUAAUUAUCUUCCACCUUACGUUUUACAAAAUACGUCGAUGAAAUCAACGUCCAACUUACGGUUCUAUUUAACGUACGUUAGUUAGUACGCGAGACACAACUCACCGACACUCACAACGCAGACGCAGAGUUGGGGACUUUGUUCGUACGGUUUCGAACAGUUGUUAGUGGUUUGUUGAUUUUUGGUAGUUAGUCCUUUUUUGUUCCGUUGAAUGGUAGUGUUUCGUUUGUGCGGGUGGGAAAGCUUUAUUUUAAAAGAAAUUACACGUUCAAAAAGAGACAGCGAGAGAUGCAGUUGCACACUCUAAACAACAGCACAUUUCUCCCAAACGGAAACAAACGCACAUCAUCGCCGUUGCACGGUUCGAAGUGCACAUAUGCAGCGCAUAUACCGACAAGCAUAAGCAGCAUAAUCAUUCCCAUUCGUUUUCUCUUGCUUUCGGUUUUGGUCGUGUAAAUACAUUCACAUCACGCGGAAUAGUACUUGGGGGUGGGUGAGCGAUCGUGUUUCAGUUUUAGAGGAAUAUGAUUGUAGGAACGCCAUUGAGCAUUGCGAAAACGUGUCCACAUCAUCACAUGGUAACGACUACAAUGUACACGAACAAUACAUAUCACAGGAGCAAGAAGAACAACAACCAUAACACACAAACACGGAAAAUAAACUAUUUGUACGAAAAGGAA